GUGGAAUUUUUAAACCGAGACUACUUUUUUUGUCGUGACCUAACCCAGACAUGAUGCUCAGUCUCUACUAUUCAUCCUUAGCUAUUCUCUUUAUACCUAUGAACUAGAGACAGAUGCUAUAUAAGUCUAGUCUGAUUAGGCUACAGUAUGAGAUAUUGUAUAUUUCGAGGAUGUCUUGAAGCAUUAUAACCUGGUACCUCGUCCAAUCUUUUCGACUUGCCGACUGUUUUGUUGUUGUGUUAGGCGGGUACUACUAUAGACCAUACCCUCCCGAUGCUGGAGAAGACGGCAGCCAGUUUGGAACCAUGCGGUCUCCAUCGAGUAGUUCCCGGUGCCACUCAGUCCUUUCGGACUACGAGACAGCUUCGAAACGCCUUCUGGCAGCAUGGAGCUGCUGGCAUAGAGCUUACUGCCGCCUGGCAAGCUUUGAUGCAUGGUACUUUUAAUCUUACCAUGGGCUCCGCACCCGAAGAGAACAACGGCUCCGUCCUGAGCGCUUCAGCUUUCCUUCUCGAUUUUCUAUAUCCAAGCGGCGCCAUGAAUCUGAUGCGCCGCUUGACUCCAGCUGCCCCCAUCUCCGGUCGUCCUGAUAGCUUCCGUUAUAGGCAGCGUUUUGGGGGGACCAUGCCUCGCCUAUUUACGUCAUCGCUUUCUAAGCGCCAGGUUCGCCAUUCCGGAUCCGAAGCCACGGCUAGCCCGAAAGUAAACGAACCCGAUAGCAGCGUAUCGGUUAACACAGACGACGUCACCUACAAAGACAGCGAGGCGACAGAAUCAGGCAAAAUUCGGGGUGUAGCUAUCGAGGAUAUGGAUGAAGAGAGUGACGCCCAAGUUCAUGAGAGACAGACACAGUCUGAUGUCAUCGCGGAAGACCUUAACGAUAUCGAUAUAGACGGCGACCAUAUUACGAUUCUUGAGGACUUGCUGAAGAAGAGCGACUUCGAAGAUGCCGACCGUGUUUGGCAUAACUAUAAGGCCUUAGAUGAGCUGUCGCAAACCAUUUACACACAACAAGUGCUACUUUUUCUCUCAAAAAGUGACCGAUUAUCUGCAUCGUGGAAAGUUUCGGAGCUAUUCCACCAAAUACCUCCAUGGCAAUGGACGAACGAGAUCUUCCUCGCGGGCGUUACGGCCGAAAUUAGCCUGCAGAACGCUAAUCGGGCGCUUGAAAUAUUCACCAAAGGGCUAGAUCACACUGCCCUCGAUCUCCCCCCCUUUAUCGAUUCCCUUGAUUUGCUGCUUGCAACUGCGUUACGGUCCUCGGGGCUGGAGCUAUUAAAGGAUUUAUGGAAACUAUAUCCUAAGAUGACAACACGAUGGGGCUUUGAAGACAUUUCGUCGCACUUAAAAAAUGCAGCACCUCCUGCUCACCUCGCCGUAUUAACGGAUAUGCAAAAGUACUACCCUGACAUGACCGGGAGAUGGAAUUUUGAGGGUAUAACGUCACAGUUAAAACAUGUUGCUCUCGUACCUGGCCUUGCUGAAAAAGCCUUCGACUUCGCGGCUGUCGGUCGGCAAAUGCUUCGAGAACUUGACAGCGCCGAGUUUAGUUUGGAGGCACUAGAUUCACUCCAGAGGAUUCUAGUCCGCAGGGCUCUUUUAUCGUGUACUGACGCUCAAGUUAUCCCUCUACUUAGCAUAACGAAAGACCCUCUAGCUUUCGAGGAAUUUUUACGAACGGUAGUCUCGAGGGGCAAGGAACAGCUCGGCAUUGAGGUAUAUCGUGUCUAUCGUGAUUUACCUGGGAGCAUGCCGAGCCAUCCCGUUCUUCACGAGAUUUUCAAGGUCUAUAAAAACCUAACCAUGCCGAUGUCAGUGAGGUACGCUGGGAUAGAAAUGCUAUGGGGUGAUUGGCAUAGGUUUCAUACCGUUCCUUCUUUCAGGGCAUUUCAAAAAUACAUGGCUUUCUAUGCGUCUCAAGGGGACACAGAAACCGUCUACAGGAUCUGGCGUAAGUUCAUCAAGGCGUACAUCGACGAUCCUAAACUUUCUGCCCUUCAAGCCGACGAUGUAUUUUCACACCUCAUGCAGGUGCAUGCCGUCCGAGGCGAAGUCAUUGAAACGCAGCAAAUCUUUGAUGAUAUCCCCGGGAGGUUCCAUUUAGAGCAUAGUGUACACCAUUGGAACAUCCUUCUCAACGCUUAUGUCAAGGUAGGUGAUUACGAUAGAGCGAUAUCUACCUUCGAAAACCUGGUGGCAGCGGGGAAAUGGGACCGUUAUAGCUACGGGACGAUGAUGCAAAUGGCGGGUGAUAGAGGCGAUCUGGGUUUCACAAUUGACCUAUAUCGCCAACUAUUGAGUUUUGGUGUGCAAGCGGACGCGGCCAUUCUUGGGGCCAUCGUUGAUGCGUACUGCCGGAACGACCACAUGCAAUCUGCUGAGGACGUAUGCGUUCGCGCCGCGAGUAAAGGGAUUGUUGAUACCCAGAUGUGGAACAAGCUCAUUUACUACCACGCCAUUCGCCGAGAUCUUGCUGCCAUCAACAGACUUCUUAGUCUUAUGGCCGAGAAGGAAAUCCCUUACAAUUAUUACACCUACCAGCAGUUACUUAUAGGUCUCUCUAUAUGUCGACAAUCUCUUCAUGCUCUAAAUCUCCUGGCGGCAGCUUUGAGGGAUAAUAUUUUCACAGUUACCGCCGAGCACUUUCAUAUUGUCAUGGGUGCCCUACUCGUGACUGGAGAGCCUGGGGCGGUCCUACGGCUCGACAAGAUGAUGCAGGACUAUGGGUUUCCCAGCUCAUCCGAGAGUCUGUUCCUAUUAACACAAACGCUUGGGCAAUUUAGGAGUCUACCACCGUUUCAACGGGCACGUUUAACUCCAACGGAGUGGCUUGGCGAAUCGUUCCGUUCAUUUUACAGAAUAUACGGUCUAAACCGCCGAAAGAAAUUAGACAAGCUAAUACCUGGACGUAUGCACAGCAAGGCGGGCGAGCUGCUGCAGCAGAAUACCGAGAAGUCCCAUUUUAGUACUAUGGUUUCCAUGCUAACCGAGCUCAAAGACUUCGCUGGGGCUCGGGAGCUUGUCGACCUUUACCGUUACAUUUUCCAAGGGGAGGAAGACGUAGACGGAGUUUUGCCCGUGACGAUGCUCAACUCCCUCAUGCGCGCAGAUUUCCUAGAAGCGCGUUAUGAUCGUGUUACAACGACCUGGGAGCUGCUCUUGGAGACCGCAAAGCAGGAAGCACGGUCAGCCGAUUACGUCGAAGAGCUUCCUCACACGCCAAAAGUCUCGGCCAAAUAUCGAUACAUACUAUCAAGUGGUCUCAUGAUCAUGCAGAAGCUGCUACUCGAAAAAGGAGAUGCCGCCGGCAUCCGGAAUCUAGUCCGGGAAGUUCGCGAAGCAGGGUUUGAGCUAGACAGCCAAAACUGGAACUUUUAUAUACAAGCGCUUGUUCAAUUAAAGGAGUAUAAGGAAGCAUUCACCACCUGCGAAGAGAUGUUAAUGCCGAACUGGACUGGAUGGUUUCUGGUGCGCCAUAGAGAGAGCGUGAAAAACAAGCUACCGCUAGACCUCCGGCGAAAAGGGUCAAGCCCGCGACAUCUCCGGCCCGUCGCUACGACGUUGUAUCGCCUCACGCGAGGCUACAUGGAGUUAGAUAGGCUCAGCGUUUGGUCCUCGGAGUUUGCCUCGACGCUCCACGAGAUAGAGAAGGAAUGCAUACAGGUAAUCCGAGCUAUCAAGUCGAUGAUACGUCUGCGUUCGCGCCACGAGCUAGAAAUCAUGGGCGACGAGGACUCCUUCGACAUCGAUUCUAUCGGUGCUGACGUAGACGGAGAUGUCUGGCCGGAAAUAGAUGAGGAGUGAAGAAGCUUCUCCUCAGGAUGGAUAUAUGUAAACGUGUAACUCUUGAAUCUGUGCAAUGACUACCUAGGUAUAUAUACCAUACUCACUCUAUAGAUGAUAGACUUACUUAUUAAUGAAUGACGUUGAUGCCUUUGGUAGAA